AUGGCACCCCGACAUCAACUGCAUCUAGGUCCUUCGCGCACCAACUCUUUGGCGAUCAUCGAAGUGGAUUCGCCGUCGCCGCUAGCCAGUACUGGAUCGUCAUAUGGCACCCCCAAAAGGACGACUGCACAGUCUCGCUGGCCCUCUGGCGAACAGCCAACGAAGAACUCCUUAUUUCAGCUACCGGAUGAACUUCUAGCCCACAUUGUCGAGCUAGCUAUUAGUGAGGAUGGAUCCCAAAACCGCAAGCAACGAAGAACAGUCUGUCACAAUAGGAUAGCCCGAAUACUGACUAAGUGGUACCUCCCAGCAUCUCAGUCAAAAACCUCCACCGUACGCUCAGGGACAGACCACAUCUUCGGAAGCACUGUAGUUGCAAAAGACUUUGCCGAUUGGCUCACGGGUACCCGUAAUCUUUCCAUUUUUGGCAGUUUCGAUGGCAACGAGUAUGACCAAACCAACGGGACGAUAACCACCCACGCAUGGGACGUUCUUGCCCGGAUAGCGGCCAACUUCAAAGAUCUAGAGGAGUUCAAAAUUGACUAUGGAGGCUCUAGCUUUGAAGGCUCUAGCUUUAUUGUCCUAUCUCUUAUCAAGCGUCUGCGUUUUCCGAGGCUGAAGAGAUUGGAAAUUAAUGGCAUUUGGGAGUGGUGGGACAAUGGAGAUGUCGAAUUAGCACGAUCACCACAAAUGCGCACCGCAUCUUUCACAACCUUACGGAUAUCCGGCUACCGAGACCGGCCUCAAAGUGCAGCUCUCCUUCUACAAUGGCCUGCCGUGCUCACCCGUUUGGAGUUUUGCAACUUCUCAGACAACCCAGAAUUUGAGAAUCAUCGUAUGGACUAUCCAAUGUUCGAGAGCUGGUUGCGCAUCCAUCAGAACUCUCUUAGACAUGUUGAAAUAGGCGUCCUUUCCCGCACAGCCAGUGAUCGACUUUUCAACGCCACGCUCUUUCCGAAGCUUGAAUAUCUAAAGCUAUCGAGAUGGCAGAUGCGAGCUCCUGUGCAGUUCUCGCAUGAAGACUCGAACGUGCUAGGUCCGAGCUUGAAAACGUUUGCUUGGGACUUCGAGGAGUACGGAGAAAGCUGGAGCGACUUUGGAGAAGCCGAGGCAAACUGGAUUACGGAGCUCGCAAAAUGCGCUAUAUCACGCAAAGCUACUCUUGCGAAAAUUGAAAUUCAGAUUACGCCAGAUGCUUGCUGGGAAGUGACAGAAGAGAUGGAAUACCCUUGGGAUAGGAUCGACAGUGUGAGAGAUCAAAUCUGUAGGCCGAAUGAUCUGACUCUAUUAUACAACAAGCCAGUGAUCACGAAGGAGGCUUGGUUGGACCUUGCUCGGGCUGAGACACUUGACAUAUACGCAGACGGGGCGGAUGUUGACUAUUUACUCAAUUACGAUGAGUGUAGUACAUUGGAGGAGCAUAAAGGCCUUGAGCAUGAGUUUGUGCAGGCUUACCAAGGUCAAGACAUCCGAAAUUACCUAAUCAAAUUGCCAAACGCUCCUUGA